UUGUGUUUUGUGAACAAUCUGACGCCGGCUGAGUCAAGGCUUCACGCACAGUAGGUGGCGGUAAUGCACACACAAGGUUGCUUGCCAACCGCCAUGAAAAUCAGAAGAAGGAGAAGAAGACUGCACGCAUGCACAAUUUAAGCUGCUCCGUGAGACAAAGAAGGACGAAGGCUAACUACUUCCAGAAUCCCGAUUUUAAAGCAAUUUGGUGCGCCAUCCAUUUAUCACAAAUGGCUCCUUCUUUUGUGGUCGUUGAGUUCCUUGGUGAACAUUCAGUCGCUGUUGUCCCAACCAAAUGGACAGAAGAUGAUGGAAAGAAUACCUUCUGCUAUUGGCCAAGGCCAAAUCCUACCCACUCCAGAAUCCGGAAAGCUGAGAUUCCUGACAAACAAUUCUGGGAGAGGCUGCCAAUUCGGGUUUUCAGGAAAACAUUGACUGAAGACUUUGACAAGGCCCUUCAAUACGAAAAACAAGCUAAAAUGUUUUCGAGCCCAGAAGAAGUGUUAACCAAACGGAGCCACAUCACCCCUGAACGCUAUAGAAACGAUGAGGAAGAUGUGUUUGAUGCUGACGAUGAAGAGGAAAUUCGGCCAAAAAAGAAGUGCAGAAAAGAGAAAACACAGAUCUUCGUCCAGGCACCCCCACUGCCAGAGCUCCCAACCUUUAACUUUCCAAUCUCCAGCGAGUACCAGACCACUUCAGCCAGUACCAGCCAAUACCAGACCACUCCAAGGCAUCCAGGCCGACCUCACAGCCCAGCGAGAAGCAGCACUUCCAGGCUCAGUCCAGACAGGAAUGCAUCCAGCUCAAGCCAGUACCAGACCGCUCAAGCCAGUACCAGACCACUCCAGCCAGUACGAGUCAGUACCAGACCGCUCCAAGAAGCAGCAGGAAUGCCCUUGACAGUGAAUUUUUCCAGUUGAACAUGAAAGUUCAAAAUAUACUUGAGAACCAGGGAGAAAUUAUGCGCAUGCUGAGAGGGCUGGCAGCACAGUCUGUGGGGCCAGAAUCUGUGGAUGUUCAAGAUCUCAUAGAUCAGCCUUUCGAGACUCUUGAGCAGCUGAAGGCCUUCUGUGAACGGCUCGACACUGAUCUUCUGCUCAGAAAGCAGCUGGUAAUUAGUUUUAAUUCCCCACUGCAAAAAUAUCUUGCUCAGUUAUCAAAAAACAAUUUCUAAUCAAGUACAAUAUUGUUGUUUAUUUAUUUGUAUAGGUGAAAGCUCUUACUGCUCUUGGUGGGCAGAAUUUGGCAGACACGGUGAGGACAAUGCUGAGGAAAAUUGCCACAAACAAAGUCCUGGAGCAGCUUGGCCUCCGUGGAAAGUCAGGAAAAGUGGCGUUUGAGGACUUGCCCCUUUACAGAAUAAUA